AUGUCAGUAACAAACAAUCAACCAUCUUUAGAAUCUUUUACUAUUCAACAAUGUACGGCUGAAGAUGAAGAUGGUGCUAUUGCUGUAUGUCUACAAACAGGAGAUUCAGGGAAUGAUGCAAGCUUAUUGUUUAAUGAUCCAAAAGUAUUAGGACAUCGAUUUGUUGCACCGUACAUUCAUUUAUCUCCUGAUCUUGCAUUUGUUUUAAAAGAUUCGGAAGGAAAUGUAUGUGGAUAUGUACUUGCAGCUUUGGAUUCUGUAUCAUUUUAUACACAAUAUGUGAAUGAAUGGCUUCCAAAAAUGAAACAACUAUAUCCUAAUAUUCCAUCAGAAAAUGAAAAAUUAAAAGAGGAUUGGGAAAUAAUAUAUGGUUUUCACAAUGAUAAUUUACAAUCGUUUAAACUUUUUGAUGAUUAUCCAUCGCAUCUUCAUAUUGAUUUGUUACCAAUAGCACAAAGAAAAGGCUAUGGAACAAAGAUGAUACAUCAUAUUGAAAAUGAAUUACAACGACGUGGUUCAAAAGGAGUUCAUUUAGGAAUGGCGCCAAAUAACACUAGAGCAUUGCAUUUCUAUACAAAACUUGGCUUUACUAUUCUUGCUAAUGGUCAAGAUACAAUGUGGUUAGGCAAAAAAUUAGUAUAA